UGUCGGAUAUCUGACCGCUCUCUGCAUGUGUGAAUGUCACAUGGAUAAAGAAAAGUUAAAUAUGGAUCACAGUGAAGAAACACCUGGAAAAUCGGUCGACAUUUAUCGUGACACAUGGGUCCGCUUUCUAGGCUAUGCUAAUGAAGUCGGGGAGUCCUUUCGGGCUCUGGUUCCAGUGAGUUUGGUGUGGGCCACCUAUGGUGUGUCCACUGCGUAUGUUACUGCUGAUGCAGUGGACAAAGGGAGGAAAGCUGCUGUGGCCCACGGGGACAACCCAGGGAGGACAACACGGGUAGCCGUUGCAGUGGUGGACACGUUUGUGUGGCAAGCCCUGGCCUCUGUGAUCAUCCCGGGCUUCACCAUCAACCGUGUGUGUGCUGCGUCACUCUACCUGCUGGGCAGGACCACCAAGUUGCCUCUCCCUGUUCGCAAAUGGACCACAACAGCAAUAGGCCUCUCUGCCAUCCCCUUCAUUAUCACUCCCAUAGACAGGUCGGUGGAUUUCCUGCUCGACUCGAGCCUCCGGAAGCUGUACGAAGCAGGAGAGAAACACGAAUAAGGACAGAAGGUCCCUGCUGGGGACCGUCUGGACUCAUUAUCAGUGCCAUUGUGUAAACGAGGCGUUCAUGGAGCACACUUUGAUCAUUCAUCAAUAUAUAUAAUAAAAUAGUUUUAGUACAGAG